AGAUGGCAACACGCAGCCUUACCGAGGUGUUCAUUCUGAUGAGAAACAAUGCGCUUCAAAGUCGCAACAUGUUCUCAGAACAGAUGGCUGAUGACCGAAUGGCCUUAGUGUCCAAUUGCCAGGUUGAUCCAGAAUUGGGUAUAGCUAGUACAAAGGCUUCUAGACUACCUCCAGAAUGGGUUGAUAAUGUGGAAGAAGUGCAAUAUGAAAUUACAAGAAUUAAGCAGAAAAUGAAAGAACUUGCUACAUUACAUGACAAACACUUAAAUCGACCAACGUUAGAUGACAGUAUCCAGGAGGAACAUGCAAUAGAAAUACAGACUCAGGAGAUAACCCAGAUGUUUUCAAGAUGCCAAAGGAUUGUUCACCAAAUCAACUCUCGGAGUAGUCACAGUGGUACAAAGCAUGAGAAACAGUUGUCUACCAAUAUCAUCUCAUCUCUGAUCAGGACACUCCAGGAUAUGUCCACUAACUUCCGCAAAAGCCAAUCAGCAUAUCUACGCAAAAUAAAGAGCAGAGAAGAAAGGUCUAGAGAGUUUUUUGACACAAAUCUUGGACCAGAUUCAGCAUUAAUGUCAGAGGAACCGGAUUUAAUGUUAGAGGAUGGUUUUGACAAGGGAUUUACAACCACACAACUACAAAUGGUUGACAGUAACUCUGCAGUGGUGAAACAAAGAGAAAAAGAAAUAACACAAGUUGUCAGGUCUAUACAAGAUCUCAAUGAAAUAUUUCGUGACCUCUCCCAUAUGGUGGUAGAGCAGGGUACAGUUUUGGAUCGUAUAGAUUAUAAUGUGGAACAUGCCAGUGUACAAGUGGAGAAGGGACUUCAACAAUUACAAAAAGCUGAGAAGUAUCAGAAGAAAAACCGCAAGAUGUUGUGUAUUGUGAUACUGGCUGUUUUAAUUAUCAUAUUAAUCAUUGUUCUAAUUGGCGUGAAGAGCUAG